CGAGUGGUCGUGGUGAUAGAAGCCGUUGCUUGCUUGUUUGAUUUUAGGAAUUGUGUGUUUAUGAAAAUUGUGAAUGGAAACAGUAUAAAAUAUGUAUUAAACUAUACUUAAAAUUGUGUUUCUACAUUGUUUAUUAAAUAGUAUCCAGCAGUAGUAGUAAAUUUUAUAAAUUGUGACCGAAACGUCUGAAAGUAAAUCUCGAUUCUCGUCUGAAGAUCAUGACUUAGCUGUCAAAUAUGGAAGAAGUGACAGUCGCAGACGCUCAAACUUCGACGUCGCCUGAAGUGAGAGUCGAAGAUAUUUCUGUUAAUAAUGACAUUAAAAUAGAGACUGAAAACAGUGAUAACGUAACUAAAAAUGAGAGUGGGAUUAUUGUUGAAGUAUUCGAGGACAAGGAAACUGGGUCUGUUUCCAAAGAAAAUUCUUUCAUUGAAAAUGGUUUAUGUGAAGCAACUGAUGACGCACGUUCGUUGGGUGACUUAGAUAGUUUGCCAGCUGGCGAUGAGUUAGCACUGGGCGCUGCAGGCAGUGACAGUGGUGUGGAAGGAUGCGGCCGUGCGCUGAGUAGCGGCGGAGGAUCGCGCUCGUGUGCUUCCAGCGUAGUAUCCUGCGGGUCAGGAUGUGGUUCGGAAAGUUCAUCGAUAGCUGGCGCCCCGCCUCGUCCCAGAAGACGCGUCAAUGUUACAGUCACUGAACCAAAGAGGAGUUCACCAAUCGGUACAUCAACUCCACGGCCCACUACAGCACCGAGAGGUCCAAACUUAGCUACUCGUGAACGAGCAAGAAGUAGAGAGAAACCAAUUCCACCCGAAAAACCCCGGCCGCUUACUCCAAAGCCAAAAAUAAGGCCAACUGCUGAUCUUCCUAAUCUAGUUCGUGAGAGUCCCGCUUUACGUGCCAAACCCACAAAGACUUCUACAGCUAGGUGUCGUACGCCAAAUUCGCCCAGUGAGGAAAAGAAAUGGCCAACCAAUGGGCCUAGAUUAUCUACAGUUGCAGAUGUAAGUGCAACUCGAGUGGCUGCGGACAAGUAUGGAACUCUCCCUAGACGGCGGCGAGAAAAUGAUCAAGAAGGCUCGCCAAAACAUGAUAGCACGCCACCAACGUCACGCCGUCCCACCGUCAUUCGAUCAGUUUCUUCGAGAUCAACGGUGAAGACGCGAGUGCGCAUUUAUGCUGAAAAGAUCUGUCAAACAGUUCUGCUUGGUACUGAUAUUGAAUCGGCUCUAGCAGGAGUAGUCCCCAAUAUAGAAAGCAGGAUAGAAGUAUCACGCUGUCACCGCGGUGUUCAAGCGAGUGCUCGAGACACAGAGACAACCAAACUAGUGGCAGCCAAAGCAGCAGCGGAGGCCGCGGCGACUGAGGAACGUGAGAGGAGACUACAUGCUGAAGCGCAGUUAGCCGCUGAACGCACCGCAAGGCUUGCUGCUAUCGCUGAACUGGAGAGAAAUUCCCAGCGGCUUUUGGAGCUGGCUGGUGCAGGCGCUGGUGCCGGCGCGGAAGGUUGUCUCCGAGCUCUGGAGGAACAGCUCCGCUCCGCAGAAGAGCUGGCCACUCGGCAGCGCGCGGAGGUAGACGUGCUCCGGGACCACUGCGACAAGCUGCAUGCGGAAGCAUGUUCAGCCCGCGAACGUUCCCGCGUGCUCGAAGCGCGUCUCACAGAAGCGGAACGCGAAGCGGCCGAGAUGCAGGACUUCCUCGCCGCCGAGACCGGCGCGCUGGGGGACUCGCUGCGUGACGCUGAGACCGAGAUCGCGAGGCUCAAUGCUGACUUGGAGAGGAGGCGCGGCGAGUGCCGCCAGCUGGUGCGCAUGUGCGAGCAGCGGCGGCAGGAGGCGCUGGCGGCGGCGGCGCGCGCGCGGUUCGCGCCCGGCCCCGCGCACGCGCACACGCCGCCGCACGCGCACGCGCACGCGCACGCCGCGCCGCACGCGCACCUGCACGCGCUGGACGCGCUCGCGCGCAAGCUGCGCACGCUCACGGACGCCGUGCGCGCCGCCUACGCGCUGCCGCCGCACGCGAUACAGCAAACCGUGUUCUACAAUGAAGCGUAUAGCCGCAGCGACAGCGGCGAAGCACUAUCUCCAGAAGACGAAGCCCCUAGCGGGCUACUGGGUGCCGUGCUGCGUGCGCUACGCACAGCGAGCGCGCCCGUGCUGCCCACGCCCACGCACGCGCCCACGCACGCGUCCACGCCCGCGCACGCGCACGCGCACACGGACGACGAGCACGACCGCUCGCGCGCAUCUGACGACAAUGACAACUCCGCGGACCUGCUGGACUCCGAGACGGAGCCGUGUCUCGUCACUGACCCUGAAUGUGCAGAAGAAUGGUUGUCAGGUGCCUGGAGUGGAGAAGAGUUGUCACCUGAAAGGGAUUCUUUUGGAGAUAUCGAUAAAGAGCCCGAGUCCGGGUCGGGGUCGGAGCGCGAGUCGCUGCGCACGCUGUCGGCCGCCAUGGAACGGUUGGACGUAACUGAAAAGAACGUAGCUGACGUGGUUGUGAAGAAGCUGGCCGAACUCGACGCCAGCAAGAACAUGAUGGAGCAGUACCGCCAGAAUAUUGAAACACUCAAAAAUCAGCUGGUCCAGCCAAGUGAAGACGACGACAUUGAAUUUAUUGAGCAGGAGCUCUCGACGUGCGCCGAGGCGGAGCGGCGCGCGCGCUACGAGGCCGUGGAGGGCGCGCUGUGCACGCUGGCCGCCGGCCCGCCCUGGCCGCGCCUCGCGCCGCUGCAGCUGCGCCUCGAGCGCCUCGCCUUCGCGCUCGCCUCGCCGCCGCGCGUGCCUCCCGCACCCCCCGCACCUCCCGCACCUCCCGCCGCCACACACGCCGCGCACACGCACGCGCUCGCGCACGCACACGCACACGCAGCCACCUCGCCGAUCGCGCCGCACCCCGCGUCCGCUGCGUGCACGUGAAUCGCUAAAUAUACAUUAUACAUGAAACCGGAAAUUUGUGAAACCAUAGACUAUAAAGUAUAUAUAGAAUAGAGAUGAGUAGAUUAUUCACAUUGUGCCGCGUCUAUACAGGUUUAAAAGUUAAACUGGCAUGAUAAUGUGUUUAAAAACUUUAUGCCGCGUCUACUCGGAAUUCAAAAAUAUUAAGGGUUAAAAGAAUGAAUAAAAUAUUAAAUAUCUAUUUUAGGUAGUAAAAAAAUUAUACAACAGGUAUAAUAAAGCUGCAAUAGAAACAUAAAAACUAAAUAUAAUCCUAUGAAUGUA